AUGGAUGAAGGGGAGCAUAUUCCAUGGCCUGAGGAUGUGGAUCUUCGUGGACCGUUGUUCAUUGCUGCAACAGCAAGAGCAGCAACACAGGCUGAAAUUAGAGAUGAAGUACAGAAAUGUCGGGAUUUGGCAUUCCAGAAUGUUUAUGGCGAGGCUGAUGGCGGAUAUGGAGGACUGGAUCGGGAGUAUCCGUUAAGCUAUCCGAGUGGUGCGAUCGUAGGUAGAGCGAUGCUGAUGGAGUGUUUAUCGUUGGCUGAAUAUGUGGAAAGGUAUCCACAAGGUGAGUGUGCAGACUCGCAAGAAGGUUUUGUGUUGAUAUUCAAAGUGUUCGAUCCGUUGUUGGUGCCCAUUCCGCAUCUGCCACCGCAGUCUUCUUCGCUUUCAUCAUCGUCUCAAAGUCAUGAACUUUACACGAUUAAUAAACAACUGAGGACUGCAAUCAAACACAUUCUUGACCCGUAUAGUUUCAGUUAA